AUGGGUUGCAAACCUUGCCCGGUGGUGACGCCUACAUUCCUUUGCGGGGCCGACAAUAGGACCUAUAGUUCUCUUUGCCGUUUGGACUAUCACAAUUGCAUACAUCAGACGGCAAUCAAAGUGGCAUGCAAAGGAUUUUGUCCUUGCAAAGACACAACGGAUGCUCAUCUGCGCAAAAAGCAACGCCAAGCGGAACGCAUCAACAAUUUUAUGACGAAGUACAAGAACACCAUCGAUAAAGAUGCCCGUUCGAAGAAAACUGCUCAAUAUACGUUCACACCUGAGGAUUUCAAAUUCGAAAACAAACACUACAAAUAUAUUAAAUACACCAAAUAUAACAAGGAUAACAACAUGAUUUUCUCCGAAGACAAGGAUAGGCAGCGUGGCUUCAACGAUGCUACUCUUGACUUGAAAACUAACAGAAAUCAAAUUCCCACUAACGGAAAUUCAAACACGAAUCCCAACGGAAAUAAUGGAGUUGUCUGUUCCGCCUCUGCUCUUCAGUCGAUGGGCAAUAGACUCUUGGAUUGGUUCUCGGUGGUCAUGGCUGAUUCUAAGAAACGACGAACCCAUAAUAAAUCGAAAGCUCGAUUCCCAAGCGGUUGUAAAUCCGAAGCAAGAUGGAUGUUCGGUCAUUUGGAUCUGGAUGGCGAUUCUAUAUUAUCAGUUCAAGAAUUAUACGACCUGGAGCAUGAUCGCAGCGAACGUUGCAUCAGACCCUUCUUAGAGAGAUGCUCUGGUGAAGGGGGCAAUGUGAGCCCCUCCGAGUGGUGCAGAUGUUUCGAGAGGGCUGAUAGACCUUGCGCUGCCGUCAAAAGGCGAGCUGUGGCAGAGAUGUUGGGUGCAUAUUCACCCGAUUGCGAUGAACAAGGCUUUUAUAAGAGCACACAAUGCCAUUCGUCGGUGGGCCUGUGCUGGUGCGUCGACAAACACGGCGUAGAGUUUGCGAACACGCGCACACGGGGAAAACCAGAUUGUGAACGUAAGACCGAUUCCACAGAGGCCGUUUUGAACAAAGCAAGUUCUUCGUCGGCGCCUCUGGUCGACGAGUCCCUCAACGAGGACGACGACGAGGACGAUGGUGACGACGCCGAAGGAUCAGAGGGCAGCGCAGAUCAGCCGCUUGACUUUUAAUUCAUUCAUUGGUUUUAAUAAUAAAUUGAAUUUAUAAAAUUCGUUUACUGAAAAGUUGAGAAAUAUGUGAAUAUUUGUGAUCAUAUGUUUUCAUUUAAAAAUUUUGUUUUCUAUAUAAAUCGCACAACGGCUUCGGGAAAAGAUGAAAGUCUUGGUUUAAUUGCAUACGGAUUAAUAAAAUUUGAUCGUAAAACUGUAAUAAAGUUCUCAAUUUUAUAAAACUUAUCGAUGAGGGAAAAUUUGAUAGACAGUAAAAUAUAAAAAUAGUGAUCGAGGGUAUGUUUAAAUUUAUGCACCGAAAAUGCAAUAAACAAUAACGUUCUUCAUUAUCAGAAAACCGAAUUAAUAUUAUAAAUAAAUGUAAAAUACUCAACGCCUUAAAAGUGUCUAUUCUCGAUUAAUUCACCAGAUUUAUUUGUGUCUGUAUGCAAUUUAAUCAAGACUGAUUUCAAUCAACUAAUUUACUAUGUGUCUCUAUUAAUGUUAAAAAGCAUAUUAAACGCACAGCUUUCUUUAUAUCCCAGCAUUUGCAUUUUCAACUUAUUAUGAUUUGAUCAACGUGAUUAUUGAAUUAA